AAAAAGGAAAGAAACUAUUAUAAAAAGGCCAAGCGCCUAUUUUCCAAGCAGUCCCAAGUUUCAAAGCCUCAGCAUCUUUUCUAAUGGAGUUUCGCCUUACUCUCCUGCUUCUGCUUUUGUUCCUCUGCAUGGUUCAGGUCCCUUCAGAAACCACGAUUGAAGAGCGGAACCUUACCCAGAUGGUGAAAGGACCAACAAGAAAGCUUUUUCAUUUCGUUGAUUGUGGAGGGUUGUGCCAGGCGAGGUACAUUUUACACUCGAGGCAAAACGUGUGUAAAAGAGCAUGUGGAACCUGCUGCGCCAGGUGCAAAUGUGUGCCGCCGGGCACCUCGGGCAACAGAGAAAGGUGCGGGAGAUGCUAUACUGAUAUGAGAACCCAUGGAAACAAGUUCAAGUGCCCUUGAUUUUCCCAUCUGAUAAACUAAGAAACCUCUCUCUCGUAGUGAUCAAAUGUGUGUUUGAUUUCAUGCUUAUGGAGUUUGAUGUUUUAAUCUGGUAGUUUGUAAGAGUUGAUAUCUCUGUUUGUACGUUCCAAGUUCCAUGUUGUUGUAGUUAUAAUCUGUACUGCUGUGCUAAUUCAGUCCCAUCUCUCUCUCUUCAAUCACCGAGGUGCAUGCCAGAUACCUCCAGUAAUUAGGCAGGGUGGUUGAACCAUCUUUAAUGCUAUAUGCAUAUACAC